AUGUUAGAGUCCCACAGGUGUCUGCUGCACUUCCCGCAUCAAACCAGCAGAGGGCAGCAUCAUACACAGACAGGAGCAUCAGGAGAAGCAGGUGGAGCAGGAGGAGCAGGUGGAGCAGUAGGAGGAGCAGGAGGAGCAAAUGAAGCAGGAGCAGAGAAGCAGGUGGAGCAGGAGGAGCAAGUGGAGCAGAAGCAGCAGGAGGAGCAGGUGGAGCAGAAGCAGCAGGAGGAGCAGGUGGAGCAGGAGGAGCAGGAAGAGCAGGAGCAGCAGGAGGAGCAGGUGGAGCAGAAGCAGCAGGAGGAGCAGGUGGAGCAGGAGGAGCAGGAGGAGCAGGUAGAGCAGGAGCAGCAGGAGGAGCAAGUGAAGCAGGAGCAGCAGGAGAAGCAGGUGGAGCGGGAGGAGCAGGUGGAGCAGGAGGAGCAGGUAGAGCAGGAGCAGCAGGAGGAGCAAGUGAAGCAGGAGCAGCAGGAGAAGCAGGUGGAGCAGAAGCAGCAGGUGGAGCAGGUGGAGCAGAAGCAGCAGGAGCAGCAGGAGAAGCAGGUGGAGCAGGAGGAGCAGGUGGAGCAGGUGGAGCAGAAGCAGCAGGAGGAGCAGGUGGAGCAGAAGCAGCAGCAGGAGCAGGUGGAGCAGAAGCAGCAGGAGGAGCAGGUGGAGCAGAAGCAGCAGGAGGAGCAGGUGGAGCAGAAGCAGCAGCAGGAGCAGGUGGAGCAGAAGCAGCAGGAGGAGCAGGUGGAGCAGAAGCAGCAGGAGGAGCAGGUGGAGCAGAAGCUCACCUCCUCUUUCAGACUCGCCAAAGGAUUUAGAAAUGAACAAAUCAAAUAA